AUGAAACUCGUAUGCAGUUUGCUAUGGGAAGCACUUAGUGUAUGUGGGGAAAUUGAAGUGGAAUAUGUGACCUGCUGUUGUUACUUCAUCUCUUCUUCUUUUGCAGGCUAUGCCCAAGAGGAACAGCUGAAGGUAGAGGAGGAAAUAAAAGAGGAAGAGGAGGAGGAAGACAGUGGUUCAGCAGCUCAACUUCAGGGCAGCAAUGACCCAGGAACAGAUGAAGAGCUAGAAACAGGCCCAGAGCAGAAAGGCUGCUUCAGCUACCAGAACUCUCCAGGGAGUCAUUUGUCCAAUCAGGAUGCUGAGAAUGAAUCCCUGUUAAGUGAUGCCAGUGACCAGGUGUCAGACAUCAAGAGUGUCUGCGGCCGAGAUGCCUCAGACAAGAAAACAAACAGUCACCCCAAACUUCCGAAGGAAGCACACAAUUGUAUGGAUAAAAUGACCGCCGUCUAUGCCAACAUCUUGUCUGACUCCUAUUGGUCAGGCCUGGGUCUUGGCUUCAAGCUGUCCAAUAGUGAGAGGCGGAAUUGUGACACCCGAAAUGGCAGCAACAAGAGUGAUUUUGACUGGCAUCAGGAUGCUCUGUCCAAAAGCUUGCAGCAGAACUUGCCUUCUAGAUCUGUGUCCAAGCCCAGCCUGUUCAGCUCGGUCCAGCUGUACCGGCAGAGCAGUAAGAUGUGUGGGGCCGUUUUCACAGGAGCCAGCAGAUUCAGGUGCCGGCAGUGCAGCGCCGCCUACGACACCUUGGUUGAGUUGACUGUGCACAUGAAUGAAACCGGUCACUAUCAAGAUGACAACCGCAAAAAGGACAAGCUUAGACCCACAAGCUACUCAAAGCCCCGGAAAAGGGCUUUCCAGGAUAUGGACAAGGAGGAUGCACAGAAGGUUCUGAAAUGCAUGUUUUGUGGUGACUCCUUCGAUUCCCUCCAAGAUUUGAGCGUCCACAUGAUCAAAACAAAACAUUACCAAAAAGUGCCUUUGAAGGAGCCAGUACCAACCAUUUCGUCAAAAAUGGUCACUCCGGCGAAGAAGCGUGUUUUCGAUGUCAAUCGGCCGUGCUCCCCUGAUUCAACCACAGGAUCCUUUGCAGACUCGUUUUCUUCUCAGAAGAACGCCAACCUGCAGCUUUCUUCCAACAACCGCUAUGGCUACCAAAAUGGCGCCAGCUACACCUGGCAGUUUGAGGCCUGUAAGUCCCAGAUCUUAAAAUGCAUGGAAUGUGGGAGCUCCCAUGAUACCUUGCAGCAGCUCACCACCCACAUGAUGGUCACAGGCCACUUUCUGAAGGUCACCAGCUCGGCCUCCAAGAAAGGGAAGCAGCUGGUCUUAGACCCACUAGCAGUAGAGAAAAUGCAGUCAUUGUGUGAGGCGCCGAACAGUGAUUCUGUAGCUCCCAAACCAUCAAGUAAUUCAGCUGCAGACUGCACAGCCUCUACAACCGAAGUGAGGAGAGAGAGUAAGAAAGAAAAGCCAGAAGAAGCCACCAAGGAUGAGAAAGUUGCAAAAAGCGAGGACUAUGAAGAUCCUCUGCAGAAACCUUUAGAUCCUGCAACAAAGUACCAGUAUCUGCGGGAGGAGGAUUUGGAAGAUGGCUCAAAGGGUGGAGGGGACAUUUUGAAGUCACUGGAAAAUACCGUCACCACAGCCAUCAACAAAGCUCAAAACGGAGCUCCCAGCUGGAGCGCAUACCCCAGCAUCCAUGCCGCCUACCAGCUGUCGGAGGGUACCAAGCCCUCUUUGCCUAUGGGUUCCCAAGUACUGCAGAUUCGACCUAAUCUCGCCAACAAGUUAAGGCCAAUUGCACCAAAGUGGAAAGUCAUGCCACUUGUUUCUGUGCCCACAAACCUGGCCCCAUACACUCAAGUGAAGAAGGAGUUGGAAGACAAAGACGAAGUCUUAAGGGAGUAUGGGAAAGAAAGUCCCCACGAAGAAGCAUCAUCUUUUAGCCACAGUGAUGGGGAGACUUUCACCAAAAGUGAACCUCCUUUAGAAUUCAAAAAGGCUGAACCUUGUCCUCAAAAGGAGGAGAACAAGCUGAUGAAGGAGGGUGGUGAGAAGGAGAAAUCCCAGCCCCUGGAGUCCACAUCCCUUAGCAAUGGCUGUGCCCUCACCAACCACACUUCAGCCCUGCCUUGCAUCAACCCGCUCAGUGCCCUGCAGUCUGUCCUGAACAAUCACCUGGGCAAAGCCACAGAGCCCUUGCGCUCUCCUUCCUGUUCCAGCCCCAGCUCAAGCACAAUUUCGAUGUUUCAUAAAUCGAAUCUCAGUGUCAUGGACAAACCAGUGUUGAGUCCGGCCUCCACACGGCCAGGCAGUGUGUCCAGGCGCUACCUUUUUGAGAACAACGAUCAGCCCAUUGACCUCACCAAGUCCAAAACCAAGAAAGCAGAGUCCCCACAAGCACAAUCCUGUACAUCCCCACCUCAGAAGCACGCUCUGUCUGACAUCGCCGACAUGGUCAAAGUCCUCCCAAAGGCAACCACCCCAAAGCCGGCCGCACCCUCGAGGGUCCCUCCCAUGAAGCUGGAAAUGGAUGUCAGGCGCUUUGAGGAUGUCUCCAGUGAAGUUUCAACUUUGCACAAAAGAAAAGGCCGGCAGUCCAACUGGAACCCUCAGCAUCUUCUGAUUUUGCAAGCUCAAUUCGCUUCGAGCCUCUUCCAGACAUCAGAAGGCAAGUACCUGUUGUCCGACCUGGGCCCACAGGAACGUAUGCAAAUCUCAAAGUUUACGGGACUCUCGAUGACCACUAUCAGCCACUGGCUGGCCAAUGUCAAGUACCAACUUAGAAAAACAGGCGGGACCAAAUUUCUGAAAAAUAUGGACAAAGGCCACCCCAUCUUUUAUUGUGGUGACUGUGCCUCCCAGUUUAGAACCCCUUCUACCUACAUCAGUCACUUAGAAUCUCACCUAGGUUUCCAAAUGAAGGACAUGAACCGCAUGGCAGUGGAACAGCAAGGCAAGGUAGAGCAAGAGAUCUCCCGGGUAACGUCGGCUCAGAGGUCUCCGGAGACAAUAGCUGGUGAAGAGGACACAGACUCUAAGUUCAAGUGUAAGUUGUGCUGUCGGACAUUUGUGAGCAAACAUGCAGUCAAACUCCACCUAAGCAAAACGCACAGCAAGUCACCCGAGCACCAUUCACAGUUUGUAACAGACGUGGAUGAAGAAUAGCUC